AUGGGUCUGAAAAUUCCCAAUUUGAUUGAAAUAUUCAUACUGAGUAUAUUGGUGGAAAAAAAUCUUACAUCGACGGACUCUGAAGCAUAUCGAGUCACCAGAAUCGAAACUAUGGAGGCCUGUUUAGAAUUGCUGAGUAGUUUAUCUUCAGGGAAACUGUCGCCUCUAGCUACGAUCCUCAAACAUGGAGCUGUCCUCUUGGUGGGAGCGCAAGAUGAGAAGAUUAAAAAAGCAGCGGAAGAUUUACUGCAGAGGAUGAAUAUUUCCUAUAUCGAUCAUGAUGACUACUAAAUUUGCAAUUUUCGAGAAAAUAUAAAAACUACGCAACACCUAUUUCGUCGCCCCCGUUAAAAAAUUA